AUGGCCCGCCGAUGCAGACCUUCUUGCCGUCCACACGCAACGUCGAGAGCCCGCGGCCGACCCUGGCGGCGCCUUAGUCCUCCUGGCUCGAUGGAGUGCUACCACCACUUGGCUCAACAGAGCCAGCCAUCCCGCGCCUCGUCCUUGCAAGACCCGAGAGAGGUGAUCAUGGCCGACAGGGGGGAGGGUCCGCCCACACUGACGGGACACGCCUCGCUCGUGUCUAACUCUCCCGUCGCCGUCCCUAUGUCGAGUACUUUAUGGCCCGCUCGCCCACCCUCCGAUGCUCGCCUCUUGCCUCGUGAGCCGUUUCCGCCGCUGCCAUAUCCUAAUUGUACAUGCAAGUCUUCCUUUGUGUUGCCCUACUCCUUUCCGACUCCGUACCUGGUCACCUUCCAGACACAUCUUCCCUUAUACUCGGCUCGGUCAUGGUUGGCCCCGCCAUGCCGUGGUAACUCGCCUCGACCUCACUCACGUCCACAACUCGCCGUCGCCCCGACACGCAUUGCACCAGCGCUCUACUGGAAAUGGGAAUCCCACAGAUCUGAUACGAGUCCUGGUCUUCGGAACUAUUCACACCGACGUAUAAGCGACGCCCCAACUGGACUGGACUCGACUCGCCUGACUGCCUUCGACCUUGUUACCGGGUCACCAACUCUCCUUAAUCUUCUUGGCUUUUCACCGCCAUCACAAUAG